CACUGUAUAGCCCACUGCAGCAUCUUGAUAUGCAAUUAAAGUAGUGCUGUCUUUAAGUGCGGAGCAGAUUGCAUGUAAAGCACACAUGAAGUAUUUUAAUUAAGUCGUCUUAAGUUGCUGCACCACUUUCGUCACGUUUGCUCAUUUGCAUAAUUCGUUUAGUGACUGGUGUGUGUGCAUAAACAGCGGCGGACAUCCAUGCUGAAGCCCUCGUGUGUUAAAGUGCAUAUCACGCUUUCAAUUAGCAUCUCACGUCCAUUACAUUUCAGUUGGCGGUUCAUUCCGCUGUGGCGACCCCUGAUAAACAAUGCACUAAGCUGAAGUAAAAUUAAUGACAUACAGUAGAAAUGUCUAACUCUUGUCAUUUUGUGUGAUUUGAUGUGACCUGGAGGGCGGCGUUCGCUGACCUGACAUCAGAGUCUGAAGACUGACACACAUCGCUCGUGAUGAAAGCGGCGCGUAAUGAAGCUGUCAGACCAAAUCCCGAAUCUCAGAGCCACAAAUCCCCGGCGGACACAGAGCUGGACACGACAGCACUGAUGGAUGAUGGGAGAAAACAUGGCCUGACAACAGGAGGUCAGCGGCUCCAUCUGAUCAGCUGUGGUGACAUGGGGGAUAAGGAGUUGAUGUGGGCCCUGAAAAACGGAGAUCUGGAUGAAGUGAAGAAUAUUCUGGUUAAGGCUGAGGAUGUGAACAGGACUCUGGAAGGGGGCCGAAAGCCGCUACAUUACGCAGCCGACUGCGGUCAGGCCGAGAUGCUGGAGUUCCUGCUGUCCAAAGGAGCCGACGUCAACGCUCCAGAUAAACAUGGCAUCACUCCGCUGCUGUCGGCCACAUAUGAGGGUCACGUCACCUGCGUCAAGAUCCUUCUGGAGAAGGGCGCCGAUAAGAACCGGAAAGGUCCGGAUGGUUUGAGUGCGUUCGAGGCGGCUGAAAGCGAAGCCAUCAAAGCUCUACUAGAGUGAGCAGACGCUGCCGGCAGCGGAGAGGUUCUGACCACUGGAUCCAGCAAACACACACUCACAUACACACACACACACACACCUCUCUGUAUCUGCCCGCUGGCUGCAUCAGAUCCUCUAGGUUUCCUUUUGUUUGUUCUCCUCCAUUUUUUUAUUUUAUUUUAGGGGAGGUGCUUAAUUUCCCCUCUAGUUUAUAAGAGUCAGUCAUUGGCUGAUGGACCUGUCACUCAUGCCUACGGACCAAUGGGAACGCCUGUCUAACACCACUAACAAAAAACAUGGACUUUAGAGUUCAGACUACAGCGCAGAUUCUGUGAGCGAGUGUAUGAUGAUGAUGAUGAUGUGUGUGUGUUGUUUUUCAGACUGUUAAAGGUGCAAAUGCAAUUAGACGUCGGAAAAAAAAAAAAAGAAACUCUAGCUGAUGAAUUUCCCUACACUCCGCUUCCCUCCUCCAGCGCUCCGACAUUACCGUCACAUUGUAGAUGCUCAAAGAACAAAUAUUAGACUUCAGACGCUCGAGUCGUUCUGCUGACGCACACACUCGCUUCUCCGCCCCUUUGAAUUUGUGUUGUUGUGGCAAAAAUAAAUGAAUUGUCAGCUGCUGUGCGCUUGUAGAGUGUUAAACAGGUGUGCUCGGACGGGGGGGACGCCAGUUCUCUCUCUCCUUCUCUCUCUCUCUCUUUAUCUCUCUCUCUCUCUCUUGCUCAAUUCAAUUCAAACUUGUUUAAUUGGCAUUAUAAAUGUUACAAAUGCAUUUCUAAAGCAUUUCUAAUGUUUACAUUAAAUAAAAGCAAAUUGCAUAGCAGUAGUGACAGCUUAAUAAUAAACAAUGCAUUAAUAGUAAGCAGUUGGUUCUCUCAAAAACAGCUUUCUCCUACUCAAUUCUAUUCAAACUUGCUUAAUUGGCAUGACAGAUGCUUGUUUCAAAGCAUUUGUAAUGUUUAAAAUAAAUAGUACCUAUGAAAACUAAUGACAAAACAGUAGUGAUGAAGAAAUAAUAAUGAAAAUACAGUAAUAAUAAACAGUUGGAUCCCCCCCUCUCUCUCUCUCUCUCUCUCUCUCUCUCUCUCUGCAUGAUGGUGUUUAAGCUUUUCAGUUCAGUCGAUUUGCUCCGACCUGCAGAUGAACAUUUUAAACAUCCAUAUCCGGCAUUGUUGUGGAAAUAAUAAGUCCGUUUGAAAACAACAAAUCAAAUAAAACAGUUUCAAAUUGUG